AGGCUCUACUUGGGAGCACGGAACUGAGUCUGAGCUCCAGUCCGACUCUGAGAGGCUGGGAAGGACCUGGCGCCCUCUGCAGGCGUCUGGGGUGGCUCGCACGGUUCUGCAGCAGGCUGGGAAAAGUCCGAGGGGGGUCCGCCCCUCCUCAUCUGGACUAGACUUCCUUGGCGGCUGUGACUGCAAGCUUCCCAGCCUGGCCUCCCUCCCUUGGCCCCGCCCUUCAGACCCUGCCCCCUCCCCGGCCUCGGCCCCGCCUCCGUCACCCCAGGGGGCUGGAGACGCUUCUCCUGCGUGCGGGCGGCCCUUGCGAGAGGCACAGGCUCGAAGCACCAACUUUACCUCUCUCAUCCUGGUUUGCCCUGCUGGGGAAAGGUCGGAUCCACUGGCCAGACCCUGACAGUCUUCCUGAGCACUGGAGGCUUCAGACGCGCCUUUCUCCACCCCAGGCCUACAGCAUGCAGUCCCAGGAGAGCGGUGUUCACUACAGCAGGUGGGACAGCAGCAGCCGGGAUGAAGUCAGCAUGACCAUGUCCAGCUCAGAAGAGGCCUCAUGCUAUAGGAGGAUCUCCCAGAAGCUGUGCUCAGGCAAGCUGGGGAUAGCCAUGAAGGUGCUGGGUGGAGUGGCCCUCUUCUGGAUCAUCUUCAUCUUGGGUUACAUCACUGGCUACUAUGUGCACAAGUGCAAAUAAAUGCUGCCCCACUCCUGGCCCUGGGGAUUCCCUCCCA